AUGACAAUCCCCAAUGAAGGUAGCCAGAUGAAGACCCUCAGUGAUGACCAGACCCUCUUUGGAGGCCAGAUGACCUUCAGUGGGGACCAGAUCCUCACUGAGCACCAUACAGUGACUUCCGGUGGUGACCAGACCCUAAAUGGAAGAGAGAUGACAACCCUGUGUGAAGAGCAGAUACAUACCCUCAGUGAUGACCAGGUUCUCUAUAAAGGGCAGAUGAAGACCCUCAGUGGUGACCAGACCCUCUAUGGAGGCCAGAUGACCUUCAGCCAAAUGACCUUCAGUGGGGACCAGAUCCUUCAUGGGGGCCAGAUGAAAGCCCUCAAUGAUGACCAGAAUUUCUAUAGAAGCCAGAUGACCUUCGUUGGGGACCAGACCCUCCAUGGGGGCCAGAUGAAAACCCUCAGUAAUGACCAGAACCUCGGUGGAAACCAGAUGACAGCUCUUAAAGGGGGCUUCACAAUGACCUUUGUUGGCAACCAGACCUUCACUGGCAGCCAGAUGACAACAUACAGUGGUGACCAGACCUUCUGUGGGGGCCAGGUGAUGACUUUCAGUUGUGACCAGACCCUCUAUGGGGGUCAGAUGAUGCCCCUUAAGAGGGACUAUAUGACAGCUUUCCCUGAUGACCACACUCUCUCUGGAGGCCAUAUGAUGCCACAUCAAUCGUCAUCAUUGCCAUACCCAGGAUUCCUGUACUUUUCAAAUUCCCAUUUGAUCCAAGGACAAUCUCUAGAAAAGCAGAAGUGGAACCUCAAGUCCCAGAGACGUCAGUUCCAGAAGAAUUCUGACAUUUUGAAGCCCUACGCCUGCACAUACCAGGACUGUGGGAAAUCAUAUACAAAGCCUUCCCACCUCCGAAUCCAUGAGCGCACACACACUGGGGAGAAGCCCUACGAAUGCAAUGUGAAGGGAUGCACGUGGAAAUUCUCCCGUUCGGAUGAGCUCAACAGACACAAGAGAAAGCACAGUGGGGAGCGACCCUACUGGUGUACUAAAUGCCACAGGACUUUUGCACGGUCUGAUCACUUAAAGCAGCAUGAAAGAGUCCAUAGAUGA